AUGGGUGUUCCUUUCGAGGCUUUGCUCCCCUAUGGGAUUAUCAUCAGCAUGUUCGGCGUGACUGGUGCUGGUUUGUGGGUUUCAAAGCGCUUCAUGAACGAGGGCAAGAAGAACCGCUGGAACAGUGACCUCUGGGAUCGUCAAAUGAUGGAGCGGGAUCUCCGCAUUACUGGCUCAAUGAGAGGACAGUCCAGCAAUCACAUCGCGCCCAAGGGAUUCGAAGUCAGCAACCCAUGGAAGCUCGAGAAGCGAAUUUACUAG